AUAAAUCCGCGUCAUUUUAAUUUGGGAACGAUUACAAUGAUUUAAUAUUGUCAUGUCGCGUUUGUAGAAAGACUUAAAACAGCGUUGCUGUAAAAAUUCAGUGUCCGGAGCCAAAGGGGUGGUGUUGAGCCCCCUGCUCAGCUCAUCUAGGGUCCUUGGUUUUACCGCAGUGCCUCUGCAGCAGCCCGUGCGCGGCCACAGAGGUGCGUCUGUGGCGCACAGAUAAACCUGCUCCAGAGGACGGCUCCAUCACACACGGCGCAUACGCAGAUUUUAUUUGUCUUUUGAGUUGUGUGCCUUUUUGACUGGCACUGUAUUAUUUCUAACUACGAUGCCAGCCCAACGGAGACAUCUCCUCUCGGAGCACGGGACCAUCAGAUAAAAUUUUGCAUCUGUCAACGCAAGACAACGACAAGACGGCGCGUGUUUGGGCUCGACACGGACUGGGCCUCUAGUUCAAGACAGUACACUCGUAUUUUCGGAUUUAAGAUAAGCAUUUGUAGCCUGUAAGCUUCACCAGUAGCGUGUUAAAAGUAGCUCAUUGGCUUUAAACCAUAAGGCAUGCACAUUGAUCACAUAUGCAUUGGCAUGGUGUAGUUUAUCAGUAGCUUGGCAUGUUGCAUUAUGUAUUUUAACCCUUAGUGUUGUCUGGAAUGCAAUUUAAGGGAGCACGUUUUAUUAUUGUGUACGUAAUCCGACCACAGUACCUCAGGGAGCAAAGAUAAUCACAUCUCAGGUUAUCUGAAAAAAGCACUGUGUAAAGACCUGGGCAGUAUCAUUUAAUCAUUUAAUUAAAACAAAAAGCUUUCAUCCGAGUCUUUCCAGAUACAAUUCUAGGAACUUGUGGCAAUAAUAUCUGUAUUUUUCACUCAGUUGUUGCUGCUUACAGCCAAAGACCUCAUAAGAUCAUAUAGUUACAAGUGUGUAAGGCCUUGGCCAGUGAAAUGCAUGUUUAACUUGUACUUUCCUGACAUAGACAUUUUCAAUCAGCACUUUACUUAGAGCAGCUACAUUAUAGAUUAUUGUAAAUAUUUAAGAUCCAUUAAAGAAUAAUAUUAGAGGGGCUCAGUCCGAAGUCUAAAAGGCACUUGGAGUUGUUCUUUUUGAGGUUCAAUAAAAAGAUGGCUUACAAGGCAGUUUUUCACCUCCUGAUCUUGGCUCUGCUCUGCUCCCUGUUCGUGGGUGAGUCGAAUGGGGCGUGUGCAGAGGUGGACUCAGACACAGAGGCAGUGGCCGGAAAAGGCUUCAAACUGGGCUGUAUCUCCUGUAAACGCCGCAGUGAAGUUGAAGGAUCAGCAACCAUUGAGUGGUACUUCAGAGCCAAGGGAGAGGCUGACUUUGUGCACAUCUACUCUUACAAUGAAGACGGUGGUACAGUUGAACACGACCACUUCAUGGAUCGCGUGGACUGGAAUGGCAGCAAACGCAGUAUGGACAUCCAGGAUGCGUCCAUCUAUCUGCUCAACGUCACCUUCAAUGACUCCGGGACGUACCGCUGCUUCUUCAACCGCAUCUUGUCCUACGACAAUGACUUUGAGUACAACACCGUGGUCAGCAAAGUGGUGCACCUCACUGUGGUCGCCAAAGCGACCAGAGGAACUGCGUCCAUCGUUUCCGAGGUGAUGAUGUACGUGUCCAUCAUUGGACUCCAGGUUUGGCUCCUCAUUGAAAUGAUCUACUGCUACAGAAAGAUCGCUGCAGCCGGGGAAGAGGCACUACGGGAAGCUGCAAAUGCUGAAUAUUUAGCGAUAGCAUCAGAAAGUAAAGACAACAUGGCAGGAGUGCAGGUCGGAGAAUAGCACAGGCUUCUUCCAUGGACCAAAAACCCCCCUCAUCUUCUUCCAGUCUGCAUGUCCUCCAGGUGGACUGUUCCCUCUGUCCUCCAGCUGUGGUGUCCCUUUGUCCCAACACAGAUCAAACCCACACUCAAACCAAGCAUGAACCAGCAACACUGUAAAUACAUUAACUUUGGCGUAUUCGCAUGUCCUGCACUUACACUCAAGAAGAAACCAUUAUUAUGCAUUAUUGAGCCACAUUGUCAAUAGCAUACGUUUAUAUUAGACAAAUGAGUGUUACUUACUGGGAGUCUAAUGAGGGACUCUGAAGUUGAUUGUAAAAGACAAAAGGUUUUUAUGAAAUCAUCACUUACUUAAAUAUGUUACAAAUGUAUGGUCAAGUUGUUUAGAAAACGUAAUGGAGUACGAUAGACAGUCUUUCCAGGUUAACUGCUAUCUCCAUGGAAAUUUAAGGUAUACUAAUAAAAAUGUG